AUGGCACACGAGCGAGGGAUCGACGGUGGUGCUUGUCGACUGUAUGUUCGUGCCGCGAGUGACUUGUUGGCUCGUGUGCUCGUCAAGGCGAUCUUUACAGAUAGCGAGCACAACGUUCGUGUUUGA